AUGGCUCAUGCUGAAAAAGUGAAAAGGAACAAGUUACAUCGCCAAACCGCGAUUAAUCGUCUCAAUGAACUCAACACUCUUGCAUUAGCAUCAAUAGAUCAUGUACCAUGGCGCCUUGAGUUUCAAAUGCGCAUGGAAAGCAUUAAUGAUAUUCAAACUGAAUUUUUUAAAUUACAUAAUGCCAUUAUUGGCUUAAUUGAGGACGUCGAUGAUGCAUUCAAAGUGGAAGAUGAAAUUUUUGUCUCAUCAUCGACAGCUUCAACUGAGGCUAGUACAAGUGCUAAAAUCAAACUUCCAAAAAUCGAAUUACCUACCUUUUCAGGAGACAUCAUUACUUUUACACCCUAUAUCGAAAUGUAUCAAUCACUUAUUCAUAGAUCCGCAGAGCUAACUAACAUUGAAAAAUUUAAUUAUUUACUAGCAUCUCUCAAAGGUGAAGCUUUAGCAUUUAUUCAGCAUAUUCCUGUUACAUCGGACAAUUAUACAGUAGCAUAUAAUGCUUUAAUACAAAGGUAUCAGAACAAUCGACUAAUUCUCAAUGCACAUUGGCAAUAUCUGGAUAAAGCCAAAAGAGUUAAUGCUGAUAAUCCUCAAGAUAUCCGCGAUCUUAUUGAUAACUUUGCCAAAAAUGUUCAAGCUAUUAAGAAUUUUACAUUACCUUGCAGUCAAAAACAUCAUACACUUCUGCAUUUUGACAGCUCUAAGAAUUCACCCUCAUCUUCAGAAACGCAACCUACCACCACUACGUUGAUUUCUCAAACUCCUAACAAUAUUUCUCGCUUACAUAAAUCGUCGUGUGUAUCCAACACAGUCCUGCUUUCUACUGCAAGGGUCGCAGUACUUUCUUCAAGAGGAUUUCCUCAAAUCUUUCGAGUUCUAUUAGACUCCGCAUCGCAAAGCUCUUUCAUUACUAGCAAAGCUUUUCACAAGUUAGGACUCCCUAAGAAACGAACUAGCAUACUGGUUCAUGGAUUAGGAUCAACUUCUACUCGAACCCCGCACGGUGCAACUACCUUUUCCAUACGACCCACUGAUAAAACAUUUCCCGAAAUACAAGUCGACGCUUACAUUUUACCAAAAAUUUGUGAUCCUCUGCCAUCAACUCAUAUUUCUUCUCAACACUGGUCUCACAUAAAAUCAAAUUUACCCCUCGCAGAUCCAGAAUUUGCCAGUCCUGGUCAUAUCGACAUGUUACUCGGAGCUGAUGUUUUUUCCAGUCUUUUCCUGGGAAAUAAAAUUUCUGGUCAUCUUGGUGAACCAGACGCAAUUCAAACUAUCUUUGGUUAUGUACUCAUGGGCCCAGUUACUACCCUUCGUGAGUCUCCUAUUCGCACCUUUGUCAUGACUUCGGACGGAACCCCUUCUUUAGAAGAAACUGUGUGUGAAUUUUGGGAACUCGAAACAGUUCCUCCUGCCACAAUCGUUUCACCUGAUGACGCACUCUGUGAAAAAUUAUACUCUGAGUCCCAUUAUCGUAACGAAGACGGUCGUUACGUUGUAGCUUUACCCUUCAAAAGCCCUAGGCCGAUCUUUCCGACAUCUCGAGAACUCGCCGUUCAACGCUUUCUAUGGUUAGAAAAACGUCUUCAACGCAAUCCCGAAUUAUAUCAACAGUAUUCUGCCUUUAUGCAAGAAUAUCUCGAUUUAAAUCAUAUGGAGCUUGCUGAUGUGCCAUCCGGGGAUUCUUCCGCAUUUUUUUAUAUUCCGCAUCAUAGUGUACUUAAGCCUGACAGUCUCACCACCAAGUUACGUGUCGUCUUUAAUGGCUCAGCAUCACUUCCUCAUCAAUCAUCGCUGAAUGAUCAUCUUUAUGUCGGUCCUAAAUUACAACGCGAUUUAAUUUCUAUUCUUUUAACUUUUCGCUUACACAAAGUUGUUUUUGUUGCUGACAUCAAAAUGAUGUAUCGCCAGAUUCUAAUCACCCUCGAACAUCGCGAUUACCAACGUAUUAUAUGGCGAUUUUCACCCAACGAACCUCUGGCCGAUUUUCGAUUACGAACUGUUACAUACGGACUCUCUUCCGCUCCAUAUUUGGCCAUUCGUACUUUACUUCAGCUAGCCAACGACGCAGGUGCUUUAUUUCCCUCAGCUGCAACCAUUCUUCAAGAAAACACAUAUGUUGACGAUAUAGUUACUGGUGCAUCAUCUUUAGAAGCUGCUCGUGAAUUAAAAUCACAAUUGAUAUGCCUAUUAAAACAAGGUUGUUUCGAACUGCGUAAAUGGGCUAGCAAUGAGCCAGCUUUACUGGAUGAUUUGCCUGAAUCACACCUUGCCAAUCAAUCGCGAUCAUUUGAAACCGAUCAGGAAACCUCUCUGAAAAUUUUGGGAUUACAAUGGACACCUUCGUCAGAUUGCUUUCACUUUCAUACACAACCAUUUAAUCGUCUUUGUACUAAAAGGCAAAUAUUAUCACAUCUCGCCCGCAUCUUUGACCCUUUAGGGAUGUUAAGUCCAGUUACCUUUAUCCUCAAGCAUUUAAUACAACAAUUCUGGAUUCUCAAACUGGAUUGGGAUGACACUCCUCCAAAUGAAAUCAUUCGACUAUGGGAAUCCUUUAUAAAUGAUCUCCCCUGUUUUCAAGACUUGCGAAUACCUCGUCGUAUCAUGCCUGAUACCUUUUUGUCGUGUCAAUUACAUGGUUUUGGAGAUAGUUCGGAAAAGGGAUAUUGCGCGGUCGUUUACUUUGCAUUUAUUCUUCCUUCUGCAGAGAUCACUACCUCCUUUGUUUGCGCUAAGUGCAAAGUAGCCCCUUUAAAACGAUUGUCCAUACCACGCUUGGAGCUCUCUGCUGCGGUUUUGUUAACUCGUCUGAUCAAUUAUAUUUGUCGUAUCUAUCAAGAUCUUUUAACAUUUAGUCGCAUAUGUGCAUGGUCAGAUUCGCAGGUGGUCUUGUCAUGGAUUAACUCUCCUCCACAUCGUUGGAAAACCUUUGUGAGUAAUCGAGUGUCUUUUAUUCAAGAAACGCUUCCAUCCUGUCACUGGUUAUAUUUACCUUCCUUAGAUAAUCCAGCUGAUAUUGGUACUCGUGGAUUACUACCCUCUAAACUAUUGCAAAGUUCGCUUUGGUGGGCGGGACCAGCUUUUCUCCGAUCUACUACAAGCUUCCCUGAUUCAGUUAUAGAACCUUCUCCCCUAGCUUUGGAAGAAGAACGCAAGCCCCUAAACGUGCCAUUCGGCGAGUAUUGUCUAAAUGUAUUCGAUGUUUUCGAGCUAAUCCAGUUCCAGUUCAGCCUCCUAUGGCAGCUCUUCGUCGAUUUCUUGCUAGACGCGGUCGAUGUCAACAUUUAUAUUCCGACUGUGGAACCAACUUUGUUGGUGGUCGUAACCAACUUCAACAUUUAA